AUUUUAAAAUUAAUUACUUAUAAAAAUGUAAAUAAAAAUCAUCAGCUACUUAUGGAUAAAUAUUACAAUCGUCAUGCGCACUUUACCUCACUACGAUAUGUUAUCAGUGUUCCACCCUUAAUAGUGUAAUGUACCACCGUUCCCUUUUUAUUACCCUUCCAAGGAAAAUACGUAUAUUUACUGAGUAGGGUUAUAAAUCAAUAAUUGUCGUAUUAAACAAAUUUUUAAACAAGUUUCUUUAAAAAUAACUUAUAAAUGUAUAAUAUUUAUAACUUACUAUAAUAUUAUUUAUUUGUUAUUCCAUUUUAUUAAAUAAAAUUGUAUUUUUUAAUUGAGUAAGAAAAUUUUAGCAACUGGAAAAUCUCUUCAGAAGUCACAGAUGUGUUGUUCGAUAACUUAUCAAACUAUGUAGAAGUAAAAUCUAGGUGAUAAAGAAGUGGACAUCAACAAUUUUUUUAGAAAUCCAGUGUAUUCUAUUUUUUUUUUUCCAGCAAAUUAAUAUAACGUUAUAAAUGCCAAUAAUUUAUUUGUAUUAGCUUUUUACUAAAAAAAUAACUUCUAUUGCAAUGUCAGAUAAUUCUUCUUUAGUUGCUACUUUUAAAGAGAAACUACGUUCAAGAUCAUACGGAAAGUCGAGUUAUACAAAUAGUCGUUAUGUUAAAGAAAAUUUAUAUUUUAAUGGUAUAGCAUUAAAAGAAUCACUUUUAAACGAUUAUAAAAAUUCAGAUACAUACAAACGAGUACUGCUUAAUCGCGAUGUAAGAAACUAUUCAAACAAUAACAAAUGUUUUCAGUUAGAUAAAGGUUGUUUUAUUUACCAAAAACCAUCUACUUAUGAAGAUAACGAUAUUAUUCAUAGAUUUGAGGAUAUGAAAAUAGUCAAUGAGUUUGGAGUUAAUAGCAAUGAUGAACAUUUGUUAAAGACACAUUCAUAUAAUUUGAAGAAAAAUGAUCGCGAAGAGAUUCGCAAUCGUUUAGUUGGUAGUUACCAAACGUAUAAUAAUCGAAAAUCAACAAAAAAAUCAAGUCUAGAAUCACGUUUACAAAAUGGAUCAAGCCUUCAAUUAUGUUUUAUGAAUGAUCCAUCUUCAGACUUAGAGUUACCAGUAAAUGAAAAUAAUAUCGUUAGACAUACGCAGAUAAAUUCUACUACUGAUCUUAAACAAGGUCUCAUCCAAGCCAAGACUAGAGCAAGAGCUCACAUGAUAUCUGAUCACCGUAAUUGUGUUAUUUCAGCAGUAAUUAAAGAUAGUCUAUCUAAGGUUGGAGCGAAGUUAGAUAAUGACAGAAAACGCGUUAGUCGUCAUUUUUUAAUGCGGUUGAAUUUAGCACAACUUCAAGUUAUUGUUAAUGAUUUACAUUCGUUCAUUGAAUAUUUAAAUGAAAGUCUUGUGAACUUAUUGUUAGAAAGAGAUGAAUUGCAUAUGGCCAAAGACUCGAUGUUAGUGGAUAUAGAAGAUUUGAAACAUGUUGCACGUGUAUUAUAUUAAUUUUAAUGUUACCAUUUUUAUGAAUCUAAUUUAUAAAAAAUAAAUAAUGUAUGCUUUAAAUUUUAUAAAUUAAAGAUAAUGCAACUAUAAACACUGAAAAUGUUUUAUUAAAAAUACUGACAAUAUAAUCUUUCAAUUUAUCAUAAACACUAUAGAGUCUUCACUUCCAUGUUAUUAUCAAUUAUAAUUACACCUUAUUAAUUUAAUUGGUAUUCUGUAUUUAGUGUAAUAGUUACUAAUUUUUAAGAAAAUUUUUAACAUAAUAUAUUUUAAAUAUAAAGAACUUAAAAUAACCUACCAUUUAAAACAAAUUACUUGUAUUUUCUUUGUAUUAUAUUUGU